AUGUUUAUCAUUGCACCAUUCAUGUUUCUGAUCGAACCUAUACAAAAAUCUGUUUGGAUACUAAAAACUUUAUUGAGCAUUGAACAACCCUACGACCGUAUUUUAUUAUAUACGCGUGCGGAGUACGCUACAUUGACGACAGGUACUAUAUCGGUUGUGCAUGAUUCGAGAAUAGUCGAUACAGGUGUUACAAUUAGUGAUGCGUAUGGUACGAAUAAGCAAAUAAGUAAUAUCAUCGGUGUUCUACGUUUAUUGGCUACAUUCAUGAUCCAAGGAAUCGUUUGGUUUAGUUGGAUUAUAGUUAUUACUGAUGUGGCGAGCGUAUUUAUCGAAUCGAUCUCUUUAGAAUCUAUGUACAUUAUGCAAAGAUUGUAUAUAAUAUGUUUAUCAUGUGUUUUUGUGAUCAUCUUCGUACUGAAUACGUGGACUACUAUCCGACGUUAUUUACUAUUAGAUACCUGCGAAAAUGCACAAUACUUAGCCACUGUUCGAGUAAAUCAAGGAACAAGAGCGAAUUAUUUAUCGAUAUUGACUUAUAUUACCAUUGGUAUUAUAUUCAACAUCACUUUCACGGUGUUCGAACUUGAACGUGCGCAAUGGUUCCAUAUUACGCCAUUUGCAAUCAUCUUCGAUAGUCAACCAGUGCACUUAACUUCGAUUCAGUUGGUCAUACUUAUAAUCGCUCAAGGUAUGGCCAUCGCUCUGAUCGAUGUUAUCAAUCGGAGUGCACUUGGCAAAGGACGUCUUCCUGAUGAUGAACUGUCGAACCAAAAUAUGAUUGGUAGGAAAGAAUGGUUAAAUUUUCCAGUAGGUACAAUUUGUUCAUUGUUACGAUUUAAGAACGACAAAAGAAAAACAGAUUGA